AUGGAAGAAGGUAAGGGAAAGAUCAAAGAGAAACAAAGUCGGAGAGGAAAAGAGAUUGAACAGAUAGAGGAAUGUGGAGGGGAGCCCAAAGAUCAGAUGAAAUGUCAAGGGUGUCGGAGUGGAUUGGAUAUUAGCAAUUUGAACAAAUUAGAGGAGAAUAUAUCAGGAAGAAAUAAGUCUUUCUUCCCCUCUAAAUUUUUUUUAUUCCCAAAAGAAAAAAGCCCUAGCUCUCCGUCUCGCUUGGAAUGCAAGAAAUCAGAAAGGACGAGCAAGAUAGCGGAAGACGAGGUGGCGGGAGGGCAUAGGAAUGACAGCGAUCGCAAGGAAGAAGGAAGCUAUUAUAAUUCCUACAACGGAGGAUGA